CUGUGGCUGCGCCGUCGAGCUCGGUCCGUGUCGUCGGAUGGGCAGCGCGAGACUCCUCUCCGCGCGCGUCUCGCGAGCAUGGGACUAUUCGGAGUAAGAGACACUUUGACGGCUCCCUCACAGAAAAGAAUCAAGCUGACCGACAAGACAUGAAAUGAAAGCCAGAGGGGCUGAGCUCUGUCAAGGACCCUCGCAGACUCAACGUGAGCCACAACACAUGAGAUUAACUGACAGACGACAGUGAAGGAGAGAAAAGACAGAAGAGAGACGGGCAGGUUGAGAGGAAGACGUUCCAAGAACAGAGGACAACGUGAGAUAACAGGAGAGACGAGGAGGAACAAUAGAGGAAAACAUGUGGAAGAUCCUGACACUCUCACUGAUAGUUGCACUAGCGUUGGGCACAGAGGUGUCCCAAUGUGAGGAUGUGGGUUUGUUACCAGUUUUGGAGAAAGCAGUGGACGAGCAGCAGGAGAAUUAUAGCGACAUAUCCAACGGACCAGGAAAGUCCCGAAACCAGAUCUUGGCGGCUCAGUUCGAGUGUUACCUGAAGAUCAUCCACGAUCCGCCACGUACAAAAGAAGGUAACUUCUGUAACCGGACGUGGGACGGCUGGCUGUGCUGGGGGGACACGGCUCCAGGGACUGCCAUGCAGAUGUGUCCGGAAUAUUUUUUUGACUUUGACCCAGCAGAGAAGGUGACCAAAGUGUGUAAUCCUGGUGGCCAGUGGUUCCACCACCCGGAGAGCGACAGGGUGUGGACUAACUACACCCAGUGUCAGGCCUACACCAAAGACAAGCGCAAGUUUGCCAUCAGUCUCUACUACCUGGCCAUGGUUGGUCACGGCCUGUCCAUUGUCUCCCUGGUCAUCUGUCUGAUCAUCUUCUCCUACUUCAAGAGUCUCAGCUGCCAGAGAAUCUCCCUCCACAAGAACAUGUUUCUCUCCUUCAUCUUGAACUCGAUCGUUACUAUGAUGUGGCUCUCGCUUAACUUGGCCAAUAACCAAGCCAUAAACGCCAGCAACCCUGUGAGCUGCAAGGUCCUGGCUGUCCUGACUCAGUACACGUCUACCUCCAACUACUUCUGGAUGCUGUGCGAGGGCAUCUACCUCCACACGCUCAUCAUCGUGGCCGUCUUUGUCGGGGAACAGCAGCUCUUCUGGUACUACGUCGUGGGAUGGGGUUUUCCCAUCGUUCCUGCCAUCACGUAUGCCGUGGCUCGCGGGCUCUUCUUUAACGACAAGUGCUGGAUCAGCUCUCACACACACCUGCUCUAUAUCAUUCAUGGGCCCAUCCAAGCUGCACUCCUUGUGAACCUCUUCUUUCUCCUGAACAUCGUCCGGGUUCUGAUCACCAAGUUGAAAGAGACCCACUGUGCCGAGUCCACAGCCUACAUGAAAGCAGUGAGAGCCACCCUCAUCCUCGUGCCUCUGCUGGGAGUCCAGUUCAUCAUCUUCCCCUGGAGGCCAGAGGGACGCAUCAGCCGGGCCAUCUACGAUUUCUUCGUAAACAUCUUCUCCCACUUCCAGGGACUCCUGGUGGCAAUUAUAUUCUGUUUCUGCAAUGCUGAGGCCCAGACAGCGCUGAGGAGGAAGUGGGCUCAGUGGAAGUCCGCCUGGGGGGAAACACCCAUCACCAACAACCACUUCAACUACCAGCACAACUCCUCCAUUACCGAAACCAGCCGAGCCACCAUCUGCUCGGAGGAGCCUGCUGCCGCGCCUCCUGACCCCAAAGACAGCAGCAUCGUCUUCUGCCAGGCGCCGCAGAAGACCUGCAGCAACGGCGAGGUGGCCAUGCUCAACAAGUUGGAGACCACUGACAUUUGACAGGAGGAAAAGCCGCCAGGAGAUGAUUGUGGUGCCAAAACAACACACACACACACACACGCACACACAUACACACACACACACACACAUACACACGCAUGCCUAUGUGUGCAGAAAAAUGAACAAAAAGAAGAGGCCAGGUGAAUUCUCUAAACAAAGGUUAAAUGGUUGCAUAACAUACAGCUCCGGUUACUAGACGUAUACUUUGAUAUCAUCCUUCAAUCCUAGAGUAGUAUUGGUUUUUACAUGCAACAUUUGUUCUGUGCACUGUUCUGUAUUUCUGUUAUUGUUAUUUACCUCUAUUUUUUCCAUUUGAAUAUAUCAAAUUUGUGUGAUCUGUCGUCUUAUGAAGCCUCUGAAUGCUUUACCUGAACACCACUGUGACCGAUGAAUGCCAUAGCACAGUGACGUUAUUUAUACCUUCUUUUACAUUUUCUAUUUGGGAAAGAUAGUGUAUUCAUUGAUCUCCUUGAAAAAAAGACAUGUGUGCACAAAACAGCAAAAGCAGCAUUUAUCUCCUGACAAGUAAGGAUUCGCUUCAGUCCGAGAAAGUGUACAGUGGCCCAGAACCGCCGAAGCAAACCAAACUACUGCGAUGAACUCAGCAGACACUGGAGUUUUAAUGCACCUUCAUGCUGACAUUCACGGUGAACGCAUUUGAGCGGCCCACAUCGGGGGGAAGCGCAAAAUGAUAACAUGAGAUGACAUCCAGUUUUCAAAAUAAGAUGUCAACCAAGCGCGUUUACCAAUUUCAUAAUAACGAAAUAAGAUUUAAUGAAUUAUGUUCACGUAUACAACGUAAAUGUGAGAUUAAUGAACCCCAUCAACUACACAUAGACAGGAAGUCAAACUUUUUAUGUA